CCGUACCUACUGACGACAACAUAGAAUGUGCUGCCGAAGACGUAAACUUGAAAACAGGAGCAUGUAACUCAAAUCUCAUCCCCAGCCAAGAUGAAGCCGCAAUUGCACUGGUUCUUUGUCUGCAGCAUCAUACUCCUCAACACCCUCCAGUGUGAUGGAAUUGGCUUUACAUUCGGGUUUUCAGCCGCAGCAGCCGCCGGAGCUGCCUUGUACGCGGGACUCAACAAGCUGGGCUGUCACUUCUACGAGUGCUGCGAUCCAAGGGCUGAUUGGGUCAAAUUUAAUGCCACAGCUUUGGGUAUAGACUUUCAACACCAUCUCUACGGGCAGCACCUGGUGAAAGAUGUUGUUAUGAGAGCACUGAAAGGCCAUCUCUCCCAGGAUAAUCCAAGCAAGGCUUUGGUGAUGAGCUUUCAUGGAUGGACAGGAGGAGGAAAGAACUAUGUUGCAAGGUUUAUUGCAGAUAAUAUAUACAAGCUGGGCAUGAGAAGCAAUUAUGUCCACCUCUUUGUUAGUACUAUUCACUUCCCUCAUGAACAACAGAGUGACAUCUAUAAGCUUCACCUUCAGGACUGGAUAAGAGGAAAUGUAAGCCAUUGUGAGAGAUCCCUCUUUAUUUUUGAUGAAAUAGACAAGAUGCCUCUGGGGAUGAUAGAUGCAGUAAAGCCAUUCAUCGAUUAUCAUGAGAGCAUUGAUGGAGUGGAUUUCAGAAAAUCCAUAUUUCUUUUCUUGAGUAACACUGGUGGACCAGAAAUCACAAGAACUAUGCUGAAGAUGUGGCGUAAUGGAGUGAAGCGUGAAGACAUUACUUUGAAAGACAUGGAAAGCUUGAUAGAGAAGGGAGCUUUCAAUGAAGAAGGUGGUCUUCAUCAGAGUGAAUUAAUACAACAUAGCCUUGUGGAUCACUAUGUGCCCUUCUUACCUCUUGAACGCCGCCACAUUGAGCUGUGUACAGAAGAUGACUUAAAGAGGCGAGGACAUACACCAACAAAGGCUAUAAAAGAACGUGUAGCAAAUGAAAUGAUGUAUUUUCCUCCAGAGAACAACCUUUUCUCCACCACAGGCUGCAAACGAGUCUCUCAGAAAGUUGGGUACAUUCUUGCAAAUGAUGUUUAUGAUUCUCUUUUUGAUUAAAAAGCUACCAAAAGGAACUGGACUAUAUGUCACUUUAUUAUGUCAAUGAGGUUAUUGAUAAAGCUUGAAGAAAGUAAGCAGAAAAAAAAUGAAAGGAAGGUGCUUUGUGUUUUCUGUAUAUUUACCAAUCCACUGUAUAGAAUAUUGGUAGUCUUGUUAUAUGUUAUAGUAAAACAAUUUUUUUAUUAUUAUUGUUUUCGGUUUUUCUCCUUUUUUUAAAAAUGAAACCAAACAUGUUUAUAAGGAUUUAUUUUUUUAUACAAAAAUGGUCUGUAUGGUAGAUAUGAAGAUAUUUCUUGUUUUUCAUACAUGUCUAAGAUAAACAAGAACAAAAAAUCUAUUUUUAUGUAACUGUAUCUCUAGUGGGAUGCUGUGUCUAAAAAUGUACACAAAAAUAUUACUGGAGAGAUCCUGAGUGAGGCUAACUUGGAACUGGCAUUGCUUUAAACAGUGUGUUAUCUGUAUGAUAACAGGAAAGGAGGUUAGAGGUCCAAUGACGGAUUUUUAGAUGAUCCUAGUCAUAGUAUCAUAAUAAUGUGCAGCUUUAAGGAAGCUGAUGCCAGAGUAAUAACAUUAUUGACAUUUUUUCUCUGUACCAUCCUUUGAAUAUUGUUUUUAAACACCAAAUUUUGCAUAGCUUCAGGCCCAGUGAUGCUCCCUAAAUUUGAGAUAGCUUUUAGAUAAUAUGAUAGCUUUUGAAUCAUGAUGCCUUAACAGUGGUUUCAGGUGACAUUUUCUGGAGAGCCAGGAGUGCAUGUAUACAUGCACUAGUCACUUUGGUUUUGUUCACAUAUUUUGUAUACAUAGAUGGCUUCAGAAUGGUUUUAUCACCAAGGAGUCAAUUACAAGGCCUUCCUAACUAACCAUUCCUAUAACUUUUUGAAAGAUUUUUUUUUCUAUUAUUAUUAUUAUUAUUGUAAAUUAUGUUAUAAUAAUAUAAGUGAUAUGAGUAAUAUUAGUGGUAAUGAUGAUGAUAAGUAUAAUAUAAAUAAAUACAUUUAUCCCCCAAAAAAUUUAAGAAUGUGGUAAAGAGAUAAGAUAGGUAGGCUUAGUAAGUGAAACCUGGGUGACUAAAUGCUUGUGAAGCAUCUAUAUGUAUACAAAGGUAAUAAAGCAAAAUCAUCUGGAUAGUGUACAUGUCUAGCACAGUGGGUCUUGAAUACAUUAAGUCCACGUAAGUUUCUUUAUUGAUUACAUAACUGUGCAACAGAGAACACUCACCACUCCAACUGCCAAGCAGACUUUGUAAUGUUUUGACUGUUCAUGUGCACAGAAUGUGAGGUAUUGCAACAUAACUUGAUAGAACAAGGUGUCAUGUGUGUAUUUUUGGCAAAUAUUUAAGUGUAGUGAUGUGAUAUGUACAUCAGGUGCUUGCAGAGGAUUAUAAAUAAGCAUGUAUCCCAUGCACAAGAGGGUAAUAGCCAUGCUUUGAAAUAACUAUAAUUUUUUUUUUAACUCUAAUAAAAUCAUGAAAUUAUACAUUUGUCAUUAUUUUAAGUUUUAUGCAUAAUAAUUAUUUUUGGUUAAUUGUUUAUCACACUUAAAAAUCUUGAAAGUGUUUAAAAAUGUGGGUCCUGAUUUGAAAAUUCUGUUGUUGCAUUAAAAGAAAAAAGAGUAUUUGUAUAUAUGGGUCUAAACUUCAAAGCACUACACAUAAGUAAUAAUGUUUGCACUAGUCAUUUUUGUACUUCUAUUUGUAUGCAGCCAUUAUCUUGAUAUGCAAUUGGAUUAUGAAGGCCUUUUGUAUCCACAAUUGACAUAUGCUGUAUUUGAUAUUUGAGUUGAAAACAAAAUUCUUAAAUUGGAGUUUAUCCUUGUGAUUGUUAUCUGUACAUUACAGAAAUGGGUAUUAAUAAACAGUUUGAAUGCUCAAAA